AUGCUAAGAACAAAGACCUUCAACUCACUAUUCAGACCAACCUUGCUCCGUGGGCUGGCAACACUUUCAGUCCCAGAAACGCAAAAGGGUGUGAUCUUUUACGAACACAACGGUACACUCGAGUACAAGGACUUGCCAGUGCCAGUGCCAAAGCCAAAUGAAAUCUUGGUGAACGUCAAAUAUUCUGGUGUUUGCCAUACUGACCUACACGCCUGGAAGGGUGACUGGCCAAUCCCGCCAAAACUGCCAUUGAUUGGUGGUCACGAAGGUGCCGGUGUCGUUGUUGCUAAAGGCUCCAAUGUUACAAACUUUGAGAUUGGAGACUAUGCCGGUAUCAAGUGGAUCAACAGUUCUUGUAUGUCCUGUGAAUUCUGUGAGAACUCUUUUGAGUCCAACUGUCCAAGAGCUGACAUGUCAGGUUAUACCCAUGACGGUACAUUCCAACAAUAUGCCACUGCUGAUGCAGUUCAAGCUGCCAAGAUCCCUCCAGGAACGGAUUUGGCUGGUAUAUCUCCUAUAUUGUGUGCCGGCGUGACUGUGUACAAAGCGUUGAAGACAGCAGAGCUAAGAGCUGGUCAGUGGGUUGCAAUCUCGGGUGCAGGUGGUGGUCUCGGGUCCCUUGCGGUCCAAUACGCCAAUGCUAUGGGUUAUAGGGUGUUGGGUAUUGAUGCUGGUCAGAAGGAACAGUUUGCUCGUGAUAUGGGAUGCGAGGAGUUUGUUGACUUCCAAACUACGCCAAAUCUCGUCGAAGAGAUUAUCACAAAGACACUGGGCGGCCCUCAUGGUGUCAUCAAUGUUUCUGUCUCAGACAAGGCUAUCUCCCAAUCGACACAGUUCGUCAGACCAACAGGUAAAGUUGUCCUUGUUGGAUUACCACCUUCUGCAGUUUGUCAUUCUGACGUUUUGAGUCACGUUAUUAAGUCGAUCCAGAUCAGAGGUUCCUAUGUCGGAAACAGAGCGGACACACGUGAAGCCAUUGAUUUCUUCACAAGAGGAUUGGUUAAAUCACCAAUCAAAGUUGUUGGGUUGUCUGAAUUGGCCAAGGUUUACCAGCUGAUGGAGGAAAACAAAAUCUUGGGUCGUUACGUUGUCGAUACCUCCAAAUGA